AGGGGCGCUUCUCUCGCACCUCCUCACUGCACCGCGGAGCUGAGUCAGGUCAGGGAGCCCUUGGAGCACUUUUUCCAGAGACAAAGAUGGUGAAGAUUGGAGUUAACGGAUUUGGCCGUAUUGGCCGUCUGGUCACCAGGGCUGCAACCCUCUCAGGAAAAGCCGAUAUUGUGGCUAUCAAUGACCCCUUCAUUGAUCUGGACUACAUGGUCUACAUGUUUAAAUACGACUCCACUCAUGGCCGUUUCCAUGGCGAAGUCAAAGCUGAUAAUGGGAAACUCGUGAUUAAUGGACAUGCCAUCACAAUCUUCCAAGAGCGUGACCCUGCCAACAUUAAAUGGGGUGAUGCUGGCGCACAGUAUGUUGUGGAAUCCACCGGUGUCUUCACCACCACAGAGAAGGCCAGCGCUCACUUGAAAGGUGGUGCAAAGCGUGUUAUAAUUUCUGCCCCAUCAGCUGAUGCUCCCAUGUUUGUGAUGGGUGUCAAUCAUCAGAAGUAUGACAACUCUCUGAAAGUCGUCAGCAAUGCUUCUUGCACCACCAACUGCCUUGCUCCCUUGGCCAAGGUCAUCAAUGACAACUAUGGCAUUGUGGAAGGCCUUAUGACCACUGUCCAUGCCAUCACAGCUACACAGAAGACUGUGGAUGGUCCCUCUGGGAAAAACUGGAGAGAUGGCAGAGGAGCUUCCCAAAAUAUCAUCCCAGCAUCCACAGGAGCAGCUAAAGCUGUUGGCAAGGUCAUCCCUGAGCUGAAUGGGAAACUCACAGGAAUGGCUUUCCGUGUCCCAACUCCAAAUGUUUCUGUUGUAGACUUAACAUGCCGCUUGGAGAAACCAGCCAAAUACGAUGACAUUAAGAAGGCUGUGAAGGCAGCUUCCGAGGGCCCCAUGAAGGGUAUCCUGGGAUACACAGAGGAGCAGGUUGUUUCCUGUGACUUCAAUGGUGAUACCCACUCUUCCAUCUUUGAUGCAGCCGCUGGCAUUGCUCUCAACGACCACUUUGUCAAGCUGGUUUCCUGGUAUGACAAUGAGUUUGGAUACAGCAGCCGCGUGGUGGACUUGAUCGUUCACAUGGCAUCUAAGGAGUAAAGACCAGAAACCCUUUUUUCUUACAACUCGGCUCUGUGUCUUGCGGUUAGAGGCUCUCCAUUCCAUCAGCCUCUGAGGAAGUGAGAGGCUGGAAGAAACUUGAUGUUUCAGUAACACCUCCCCUCUCAAUAAAGUCAUCACUGUCUC